AUAUUUAUUUAUUAACCUACCAUUAUAUUUAGAAAAUUAAACCCGAACCAAAUCUGGUUUUCUGCUGCACAGAAAAUCGCUCUCUUCUCUGUUCAAAUCUCAAUUUCAAAAAUUAGAAUUUCAAUCCCCACCUUGUUUCUUUCUUCUCACGCUGUCAGGCCCAUCUUAUUCACUCACUCACCACCUAGGGUUUUCUUUUCCACUUCGAAGCUAUGCUCGAUCUUUCUCUCACUCCGCGUUUUCCCGAUCGAACGACGCCGUUUUGGUGAGUUUUAGCUUCGUUUCGUUUCCCGACGCGGACUCAUUGCUUGCUUUCGUUUCCCACGCGAUUGUUGGAGGAGUCGUGUUGCGUUUGUUGACCGAGGAGGUGCAAUUAGGGUUUCCACAAUUCGGUUUUGGAUUUGGCUUUGUGAUGGGGAUUUAGGUUCUUAGGAGCGGUGUUGUUGUUGUUGCUGUUGUUUUUGGAGUGGGGAAUUUGCGAAGUGAAGAGGGAUGUUUUACUCUCAGUUUAUUUUGGCCAAGAAAGGGCCACUUGGGACUAUAUGGAUAGCUGCGCAUUUGGAGAGGAAGCUCCGCAAGAACCAGGUGGCGGAUACCGACAUUGGCGUCUCCGUAGAUUCCAUUCUUUUUCCUGAAAUACCAAUCGCACUCCGUUUGUCCAGCCAUCUUCUACUUGGUGUGGUGAGGAUAUAUUCUAGGAAGGUGAAUUACCUUUUUGAUGACUGCAGUGAAGCCUUGCUUAAGAUUAAGCAAGCUUUUCGUUCCACAGCAGUUGAUUUGCCACCUGAAGAGUCCACUGCACCUUACCAUUCCAUCACCUUACCUGAGACUUUUGAUCUUGAUGAUUUUGAGCUACCAGAUAAUGACAUUCUUCAAGGUAACUAUGUUGAUCACCAUGUCAGUACUAGGGAGCAGAUUACACUGCAAGAUUCUAUGGAGGGUGUGAUUUACACUACUUCACAGUUUGGCUUGGAUGAGCGCUUUGGUGAUGGUGAUGCUUCUCAAAUUGGGUUAGACCUUGAUGAGGUUUUGUUAAAUGACAAAGCUGCUACUUCGGAGCAUGAUGGCUUUGGUGCUAAUAUUCAAAUGUCUCAUCAAAAUGAUGAAAAGAAACAGGAGAUUGAUGAUUUACCCACUGCUGCUGAACUCAGUGAAUAUGCUGAAGGUCCAUCAACCCCUGGACUGGAAGAGCCAAAUUUAUUUGGAACUCAGAUGGAUCAGGGCAAUAAUGAAGUUGAUUAUCAUAAUUCAGCAGAUUUAAUAUCAUUGGAGGCCGCACCGAAAGAAUCGUCGGAUCACCAAAGGGAGAAUGAUGUAAUUAAUUGCUCCUUGCAAAAUAAUGGGAAUCAUAUUUCUUUUGAUUUGCAUCAUGAAGAUAAUGCCUGCGAUCUGGUUGAAAUGAAUAGCAAAAAAGAGGAGCAGGAGCAUUUAGCAUGUCAGGUUGUGAUGAAGGAUCAAGAAAAUUUGAUACCUAAUGAUCAUUGCUUAACUUUGUUACCCUUGGUGGACUCUUCCAAUAAAGACUACACAGAAUGUGAAGGUGGGAUGAUCAAUGCUUCUGAUGUAGCUGAGAAGGAGGACUUACAAGAUGGAGUUUUGAUGAACAAUGACCCAGUUUCUGCUGCUUUGGAUCAAACUAUUACAAAUUGUGUUGUUUCUGCUCCUUUGAUGAACAAUGAAAAUGUUGCUUCUUCUGGUUGUUCUCAUGUUACUUCUGAUCAAGAGGACCUCUCAUGUAAACCGUUGUCUAACAUGGAUGGAUCUUGGGGUCCAGGAUUUGAUGGUCGUUUGGAGGAUGGUAACACAUUAUCAAAGCAUGAAGUUCUGAAUGGCAUUGAAAUUUCCAAGAGUGAGGGGCAAUUCUGUCCAUUUGACGAUGCUCGAGUAUCCAAUGUUAUUAGUCCUCUACGAUCACCUGGUAGACCUGAAGUUGUUGAUGAGGAAGCUCAGGCCUCUCAAGAACUGAAGGAAGCAGAGACUUUAAACCAUGUAUCUCUUGAAGCUGUGCAGCCCGCUGAAUCAAUCCUUCAGCCAUGCACCUCCCAUCUUGGCCAGCCUUCUCGGUCAUUUAUUGAAGGUGAAAAAUGUCAUGUAACUGAUGUUUCAAAUCCUGCUUUAAGUUACCAAGGGACUAUAGAGCCAUCUGUAUUUAAAGAAACGCCUGAUUCGGGGAAAACAGAUAUGCAACUUGAGAGUCAGAUAUUUAGUGACAAAGUAGAAAGUAUAAACAAAUCUGCUGCUGCUGACAUGCCAGAGCCUGAAAAGUUGCUCUCAGCUUACCAGCAUGAUGGUGAAGCAAAUCAUUUGCUGAUGGCAUCUACUCCUGACAAUCAGGGUGCAACUGAAGGCCAUACAGGUGCGGCAGGAGUAAAAUGCAUCUCUGGUAAAAAACGUAGCUACACAGAAAGUACUCUUACAGUGCAGAGUAUGGAUUUAAUUGAAUCUUACGGGGGAGCUCAAUCCAAGAGAACUGCUGAGUCUGUUCCUGAUGAUGAUGAUCUAUUGUCAUCCAUAUUAGUUGGUAGAAAAUCUUCAGUCUUGAAAAUGAAACCCAGUCCUGCAGCCCCUGAAAUAGCAUCAAUGAAGUGUGUUCGUUCUGCUUCUGCACCACGUACUAGUGCCUUAAAGAGGAAGGUGCAUAUGGAUGAUAUGAUGGUCUUGCAUGGCGAUACAAUACGCCAACAGUUGACAAAUACGGAAGACAUUCGUCGCAUACGCAAAAAAGCUCCUUGCACUCGUCAUGAGAUUUUAAUGAUUCAAAGACAAUUUUUGGAGGAUGAAAUUUUCCAUGAACCAAUAUUUACGGAUUUGUCUACUGAUUUGACUAUUCUGCGAAAUGAGACAUUUGAUCUGACUGGAAUCAAGGUUUUUGAUUAUGGUUUAGAUAGUUCUUCCGUAGAAAAAACAAAUGAUCAAGAGUCCUAUUCUAGAACAGAUACUGAAAUUGAUGGAGUGGAGGGUAAUAAUGAACCUAUGGCAGUCCAACUCCAAGAAAAUGCAGAAGUACAACCUACAGAAGUAGUGGAGGGUAAUAAUGAACCUAUGGCAGUCCAACCCCAAGAAGAUGCAGAAGUGCAACCUACUGAGGUACCUGUUUUGUCUGAGAGUCAUCAGUCUGAGGUUAACUUGGGAUCUCGUGAUAUUGAUGCUCAUGGGCACAUGGAUAUUAUUUCUCAUGUGGAGGAGCUUGACAGUUCUCAAAAUGUUGAAUUGAACAAUGUCAGAGCAAAUAUUGAAGUUUCUGAAGCAGGGAAUUGCUCUGUUGGCCCUGGGCAUGAAUCUUCAUCCUUAACUGAAGUCUUCAAAAAUGAUUUUGCCGCAUCACUGUCUCGCGUGGAUAAAACCAAUGAUCUUGUUGAUUCUAUCCACACAAAUAUAUUGAGCAUUCCAAAUGCUGAGAAUUUGAAUACAAUCCCUAUUCUAGAGGAUGACUUUGUGGAGGAUCAAAGUGAUAAAAAUGGAGUAGGUGCUAUUGAAUGUAGCAUGGAAACUGGAACACAAGUUCAAACAGAUGGCUUGGAAGCCAAUGAUUUAUAUGCAUCCUUGGCUAUUGGUUCUAAAGAAACUGAUGAAUUUACUGAUAUUCAAGCUUCCUUUAAUGGUGACCUACCAUUAGAGGAAAAUAGAAACAACUUGCUAGGGCAGUUAAAUGAGGAUCAAAUUGUUGCUUCUGGCAUGGAGUGUGAUGGCAAGGAUGCAAGGUCUGACUGCAUAUUUAUUGAAAAUGCUAAAGUAGAUUGUUUACAAUCUGAAGCACUUGGUUUAGAUGAAAAAGAGAGUUCAUUGAAAGAUGCAGAAAUCCCAGUCUGUCAGGAAGCUGGACUACAAAUUACAUUGUGCCCUGAAAUUAGGAGUCCUUUUGUGGAUCAGAAUGAUGAAAAUGACAUGAUUGCUAAUGACACAGUGUUUUUGAAUGUUGGUGAUGAUGAGAUAAUUGAUGAUGAUGAUUAUCAAUCAUGUGCUGAAGGAACUAACCUUGAAAAUAGUGGAUGGUCUUCCAGGACCAGGGCUGUUGCCAAGUAUCUGCAGACUGUGUUUGAUAAGGAAGAUCUACAUGGAAGGAAGGAGCUGCAUCUUGACAAUUUAUUAGUUGGUAAAACACGGAAGGAAGCAUCUCGGAUGUUUUUUGAAACUCUGGUUCUCAAGACCAGGGAUUAUGUCCAUGUAGAACAGACAAAACCCUUUGCAAAUGUCAGCAUAAAACCUCGAAUGAAGCUUAUGCAGUCAGAUUUCUGAAACCUCAUGUAGGAAUGACAGAUAUAGUUGUAAAGAUCCAUUCGGUGGUAGUUUGGCUGGUAUCUGCAGGGUUGGGAUAAUAUUUUCAACAUUUCUCCCCGAUUCUAGCCAUAUAUGGCUUUUCAUUUAUAAUUUUUUGGAGAUAGGGUUUAGCUGUUCAGUUUUAGUUUUUGAAGUGGCACUUGUAUAAUAAUCAUCCUAUUGAUUAUUCUGGGUCUUAAUGUAUAUAUUUUUGUAAAAUGUCACAAUCUGUAAGUUGCAGAGGCUAAUUUGUAUGUCGUUUAAACGCAUCCCUCCUAGUAAGAAUGACAUUCUGCUUUCUCUAGGCAUCAUAUUUAUGUAACAGAAAGCACCUUGUAAUUUAACUGUCAGUGGACAAGGUACAUCAUUUCUGUACUUUUAUUUGUAUAGUAUCUAACUGCAUUUAUCCUUUCAAGAGUA